AGAAAUAAAUGACUAAUUAUUCAAGAGAAGCGUUAAUAAAAACAAAGAUGGCACAUUGUGUAGAAAUUUAAGACAAUUUUUAUUAUGCUACACUGCAUGAGUUUUAACUUUCGAUAGCAUUUUCGUUUUACUUUAAAAUUUUCAGACAUGCUUGGUGAAUCACGCAGUCAUGAUACGGUGUGUGGAAAUCCUUUUAUUCGGAAUAUUUUUCUUUUAACAGCGUUCGAUGCUGCAGGGGAUGCUAACAAAGAAUCUUCUGAAAAAAAACAAAAGGCUAUUGUUAAAAAAAUAAAAAUUAACAAAAAAAAUCCUCACACUGUUUUAACAGGGUUAACCCGAAGUUCAUUUAAAAACAGAAACUGAUGAAAAAUAUUGAGAUUGUAAAAAGUGGGAGCUCACAGAAGCCGAUUUUUUUCUUGUUUUUCAUACAUUUUUAAAAGGAAAUUUCUGCUGACUCAGCAAUUUUAGUGUUAAGUUAAAAUCACUUUAUUAUGUAUUAAGGCCUAUAUUUCUAGGAAAUAGUGAAAAAAUGGUAUAAAUAAAACACUGAGUGAAUAAUUCAGCUAUUUGGACAGCUAAAAUAGGGUUACUGCCACCUUAAUUAAAAUAUCAGCUAUUUGGCACAGAAAUUUUCAAAGGUUUUUUAUUAAUAAUUGUGAUAAAUAUUCUUUAUGUAGAGUGUUUAGUUCACAAAAUUUAUAUACUUCAUUUGAUGAAACAACAAAGUACUAUAUGUACAAAGACUUGUUGAUUACUAGAAGUGCGUGUUCUAUCCUUGCACUUUAUAAAUUGAAAAAUAUAAAAGAUAAUGUUCCUAUUUUUAUAUUUUUCAGUUCAUAAUUCUUCUUAGGUUGUUGUUUUAGUUUCAUAUCAUAGCUGGGAAAAUACCAACAUGUGAUGGUGAUUUGACAAGUGACUAUUUAAAUAAUGUACUGAAAGGAUUAAAGGUGAAUUGAAUAACAUAAAUUUUGUUGCCAAAAUGACACUCAUGCUUGUUCCAGGCCUCUUAAUUUUUUGCUGACAGCCCCAUAACUAUUGAUUGCUCCUAUAAUAUAACGUAAAAGAGGCUUCAUAUUGUGUAUGGACUUACAGAAUGGUAGCUUAUUUAAGAGGGUGGUUAUAAGAACACGAUUUUACAUGAAACUCCUUUGUGGGAAACUUAGGACAGGCAAACACAAAAGUUAUUUUUAGUUAAAAUUUUAGAACUAGAAAAAUGUAAUAAUUUUUAUUCAAUCAAUAAUAACCACCCUUUAAGUUUACCACAAAAAAUGUUAGUUCUUUGACACUAACAAGAUCAGUUCUUAGGCAUAAGAAAACUCCUUAAUCUAUUAUGGUAUAAGUCUUCAGUAGAAUUCGCUGGACAUCUCCAAGAGACUUGUGGAAUACAAAACUUGUAGUGGUUAAUAUUUUGUGGCUUUCUUAGCUACUUAUUCUCAUUUUUUUGCCAUUGAUACAACAUCAUUUUGUUACUAUAGGUACGACUACAAUAAGGUCUAUAAGCCAUUAAACAAGUAGCUAUCAAAAUAAUGUGCUUUCACAACUUAAAAUGUCGUAGUAAGCUUUUUUUCUGAAAAUUUUAAAUGUCACAUUUUUUUAUCCUUUUCUCCUCAUUGACCACACAAGUAUGGAAAAAUGCUGAUAUAGUUUUGUUAUUAGUUUUCCUUGAUAAGUUUUGCUUGUGUUGACAGUUUUCAUUGUUUCCUUAUGUUGACAUAAUAUGUUUUAUAAACAAGUCUUUCAAUUCCCUUAAUUCUUUGGUGUUGUUUAGCUUGGUAAACUGAAUAAAAUGUGAUCGAUAAACUGGAGGCUUUGUUGUUGGAAUAUAAAAAUGUUAGAUAUAUAUUAUAUAUUAAGUCUAUAGAUUUGCAUAAUAUUAUAAGGUUUUCUGUAGUGUUGAUUCGUGAUCGAUUCUUUUUACAGAUGUUUUAUGUUAAGAGUUUAGGUUGUUUAACACCAGAUGAAUUUCCACAUGACCUUUUAAACACGUGACAGAUAAUGGGGAAAUUAUCAUGUCAGCACCCACACUUUAUUUUAUUUUGCAUUUCGAGGGAAGGUUUUUCUAUCCUUUUUCUAUUAUGAAUUAUUAUUAUAAAGGAACAAGUUAAAUAGAAAGUCCAAGGGUGAUAAAAAAGAAAAUUAUUUAAAAAUUAUCUAUUAUCCAGUAAAAAGUAGGAAAGCAACAAAAUUUAUUGAUUUAUUUCUAUUCAUAUUGACCUGUUCUUAAUUAUCUUAAAUGUUGGUCCUUCCUUUAGCCCCUCUGCUUACCUUAAAUGUUCUGCUUUUUUGAAAUUUUCAACCACCAUUUGAAACUGCAGUCUAGUGCAUUUAUGCAAAAAAAAUAACAAUGAUGCCAUGCUUUAUCUUAUGAAAAAAAAGCUAUUACAUCAUGUUCUGCAUAACAUGUUCAUAAUUCUUCUCAGGUUUGUUUUAGUUUCAUAUUAUAGCAUGGAAAAAAUACCAACAUGUGAUGGUGAUUUGACAAGUGACUAUUUAAAUAAUGUACUAAAGGGAUUUAAAAAGAUUUCACAGGUUGAGAUCAAACAGCCUAGGACACAUGGCAUGAUGUCUUAUGUUCGAAAGUUAUUUUUAACGUAUGAUGAUACUGCGGACUUGCUUUGCCCACCAACACUGAUUGCAAAAUACUCCAGAGCUGCAGCCGAUAACUUUUGCAAUGAAAACACGAGUGAUAUUAUGCGAAAUGGAUGUUUGUACAAGAGGGAAGUUAUGUUAAAUCGAUAUCUGAAUGGUCAAGAUGUUGUGCCAGUUAUAUAUUACGCUGAAUGUAACUCUGAGCAGAAUAUAAUCUUGUUGAUGGAAGACUGUUCAAGCGAGUGUGAUGUGAAAGUGGAUGAUGUUAAUGUGGUACAAAAAUGUAUGUCGAUUGACAAGGCUUUUAUUGCAAUUAAAGAUUUGGCUGCAUUUCAAAGUGAAUUCUAUCACAAAAACCAAAAGAUGCCAGGGAACGGAAUCUUAGCUGGAAAUGGUGACACUGUCAUGAAGGAAAAAGGAUUAGAAUGGAUUCCUGAAUAUUUUUCAUUUGUCUACUACACAACAUUUCAUAAGGAAUUUAUUAACAGUACAAAUCAUGAUCAAUUUGCUGGAUAUACCGAUGAUGCGCUAAAAAGAUUGUCGAAGUCUGUGCAAGAUGUAUGGCUUGAAUGCUGCGAUUACAUAAUCACGCAAAUUGAUUUCUCAUCAAUGCCAAAGUAUGCAAAGUAUGGUAUACAAUCAAAAGCUAUCACAAUUAAGGAGAGUAAAACAACAGUGGAGGAGAACUGGUACAAUGCGUAUAAAACACUGGUUGAAGAAGCACCACUUACUAUUGCUCACUGUGAUUUUCGUUAUGAUAACGUAUUGAUUCACAAUAACCAAAUGAAGUUGGUCGAUUGGCAAUGUGCUUCUCUUGGGUGUGGUAUGAUCGAUGUUAUGUCACUUCUCAGUAACUCCUUAGAUGUAGUUGAUGUUGUUGAGAACGAAGAGAAAAUAUUAGAGACAUAUGCGGAUGUGCUGCAUCAAAAUGGUGUGUCCUGGUUGACUCUGACAGCGCUGAAGAAAUAUUAUGCUUGUGCUCUGUGGUAUGAGUUUAAAAAUAGUCUAGCGUUUGUAAAGUUUAUGAAAGGACAACAUGAAAAAAUUUCUGGUGUGAGCAAUGAAGCGCUUGAAGUAAUGAUGCUUCGAAAGGUGGCGGUUAGUAUUUUGAGUAUACACAAAUAUUUUUAUGCAUAGGUUUUUUAUAUCUUUUAUAAUUUUAUCCUAUGUGUCAUUUUUAUUUUUAUUUCUACAUAUAAAUGUUUAAUGCUUUUGUUGCCAGCUGGUUUUCAUAUUAUAUUGUAAAAAUUUGCUUUUAUUUUUUGAAAUGAAUGAAAUGAAACCACACAUUUUCAAGCUUGUUAACAUUUAUGUUAUCAGUUUUCUCCUUCUCUUACUGUUGUACAUGUAAUUUUAAAUUUUUUUAAAUAUUUUCAUAGAUUUAAAAAUAUAUUGUCAUUUUUGUGUUUAUAACAUAAACAUAUAUUAAACAUUGUAUAACACUCAUGCUUUAUAUGAGAAGUGUUUUUUACAACUUUUGUUUUGUUUCCGUGAAGUAUUAAACACUAUUCUGGAUUGGAGUCGAUUUGUGUUGUUUCACAACUUAUAAUGUCGUAGUAAGUUUUUUUUCCAAAACUUGUUGUUACAUUUUUGUUGUUUUUGUUUUUGAAGCAAGCGUUUUAUUGAUUAUUGAUACUUAGUUAUGGCUGAAGACUUACACAAAUUUUUGCUCUCUUUUUCUUCUUAUUAACGCAAUUAUGAAAAAAAUGCUGAUAUAUAUAUAUAUAUAUAUAUAAUAGUUUUAUUAAUAGUUUUUCCCAAUAAGUUUACGCAAGGUAGACAGUUUUUAUUGUUUCCUUAUGUUAACAUAAUGUGAUUUUUAAACAAGUCUUUCAAUUCCCUUAAUUCUUUGGUGUUGUUUAGCUUGGUAAACUGAAUAAAAUGUUUUUACAUGUGGUUAAUAAACUAGAGGCUUUGUGGUUAAAAGAGAGAGAGAUUUUAUAUAUUAUAUUUAGUUUAGGAGUUUAAGAGUUGAUUCUUGAUCGGUUUGUUUGCAGAUGUUUUAUGUCAAGUUCUUUGUUAUUUCUUUUUAUGUAGCUACUUCAGUUUGGUUGUAGAACACGAGAUGGAUUUUCACUUGACCUUUUUAAUCACGUGACACACACGGGAAAAUUAUCACGUGAGCAUGCGCAUUUUAUUUUAUUCUGCCUUCCGAGGGAUAAUUUUCUUUCCUGUCGUCUGGGAAAACAAUGAGCAGAUACAUAAUAGGAAUCUUUGAUGAAAUUUGACGAAAA